AUGGUUCGCUUUUCCAUUCUUCCCAUGGCGGCUGCCGCUAUGCUCCUUUUUGGAGCAGAAGCCAGCCCCUGCCGACCUUCGACUACGAGAGUCACAAGCGUUGCUACUACCACGACCCAGGCUGGUUCUACGACGACCACUGCAGCCCCAGGCUGUGUUGAGACCCAGCUGUUUGUCAACCCUGGCUUUGAUGACAGCGCCGCCAGCGUUGCUCCCUGGACAAGCAAUGGCGCGUUGAUUCAGAGCGAAACCCAAGAUGGCGCUAACGCUUUGGCUUUCACUUUCACCGGCGGUGGUCAAGGCACCGGCAUAGUUAAGCAGAGCUUGAGCGUUCUUGCCGGUAUCUACGAGUUUUCCUACUAUUACCGAGUUCUCAGCGUCAGCGUCAACGCUGACUACACCUGCGAUAUUCAGCUCAGCAUGGGAGACACAACCCUUCGUGGCAGCAUGGAGGAUGGGCCUGGUGGUUGGAAGCCAGGGAGCGUACUGUUCCCCACUCAGAGCUCAGAUUUAGGGACCACGGAUGUCCAAUUCACUGUAUCCUGCAGUGGAGAUGGGAGCUCUUAG